AUUCAUGUCCAAACGUCUGCGUUGUUGCUGGAAAAAAAUAGUCAGCUCCCUGAUUAUAUUUGUAUAGUGAAUUGGAUCUUGUGUUCAAUAACAAGAUCAAGUGGAAACACAUGACUGCUGUCUGGAGUUCAAAUGCUUUGUUCUUUUAAAUUUUCCAAAUACAAAGGAUUUUGAUUCUUGCCCCACUUUCCACUUCCAAAAAUCCCACUUUCCUUUUCAAUCUUUCAAUUCCAUCCACAAACUUUUUCUCCAAGUCAAACAUUCUUCAUGGUUAAUGAUGCAAAAUAGAACUAUAAAUAGUAUUCACUGGCCAGGCUCACUGUCAGUUUACACAAGGACAAAGUAGAGUUAACUCAACUUUGUCUAGCUAUUAAUACAUUGUAAGAGUAUUUGUGUAAUUCUGCCCCUGACUUCAAUUACAAACUCUUAUUUCUCGGUCUAACUUGAUAAUCUUUGAGAUAUAGGCCUCUUUUCGACUUUAAUCUCAUAGGAACAAGUUGUUGAGAAAUCAAUAGACACGAUGGACCCUGAAGAAGGUGUGUCAGCUCCUUCAACACCAGCAACUCCGGGAACGCCUGGUGUUCCUCUCUUUGGUGGAUUGAUCAAGCAUGAGAGGAGAAACGGAGGGAAUGGCAAAAAAUCCUUUCUUAAGAGCUGUAAAUGCUUCAGUGUCGAACCAUGGGCCUCUGAAGAAGGAACUUUGCCUGCUGUUUCAUGCAUGUUACCUCCUCCUCCUGUUUCAUUAGCUAGAAAGGUGGGAGCAGAGUUUAUAGGUACUCUGAUACUAAUAUUUGCUGGGACAGCCACAGCCAUAGUGAACCAGAAGACACAAGGCUCUGAAACAUUAUUUGGACUGGCAGCCUCGACGGGCCUCGCUGUAAUGAUUGUGAUUCUGUCAACUGGCCACAUCUCUGGAGCUCAUCUCAACCCUGCUGUGACUAUUGGUUUUGCUGCUCUCAAACAUUUCCCCUGGAAACAUGUUCCUGUGUACAUUGGAGCACAAAUUAUAGCAUCAUUUUGUGCUGCAUUCACAUUGAAGGUAGUUUUGCACCCAAUAAUGGGUGGUGGAGUCACUAUUCCCUCUGGUAGUUAUGUUCAAGCUUUUGCUUUGGAAUUCAUCAUCAGCUUCAAUCUCAUGUUCGUUGUCACUGCCGUGGCCACCGACACUAGAGCUGUAGGAGAGCUUGCGGGAAUUGCUGUAGGAGCCACUGUCAUGCUCAACAUACUAAUAGCAGGGGAGACAACUGGGGCUUCAAUGAAUCCAGUGAGAACCCUCGGACCAGCAGUAGCAGUAGGAAACUAUAAAGCCAUCUGGAUCUACCUCACUGCUCCAAUUCUUGGAGCUCUCAUUGGGGCAGGAGUUUACUCUGCUGUCAAACUGCCUGAUGAAGACGGAGACAAUCAUCCAAAGCCUUCCCUGGAACAUAGUUUCAGAAGGUAAUUCAUCAGUAACACCAUCAAACCAUGAUAAUCGCCUAUAUUUGUAGAUGGUGUGCAGUU